GAAGGGGGGGGUGGGUCUGAGGGCAGUUGAAAGCGAGUGGUUGUCAGCGGUGCCCAAGUGUUGUUGGAGCGGUUGGGAGAUGUAGCCAACAGAAGUUUGGUUGAGACUGUACGACAAUAUGAAUUGUAAAGAAAGCAAUUGGAAUUAGAAUUGGUCAACUGUCAAGCUACACUUGGUGGGUUUUCCUCAAAUUCUCUGCACCCAACACUUUUUUCCCCCCCUUACCCCCCCCUCCUCUUCCCCCCCCCCUUUAUUUACAAAUGGAAUCUUCAAUCCACGUCCUACAACGCUUGUGAUUGCAACAGUUGGGUGCCAUGGAGAAGAAGCGAAGAAAGAAAUGAUAGCCUUCUGAACUGGGCUGCUUUGUUAACAAUUUCCUCAAUAUCAUGAAAACAAAAGUAGCCUAUUUUGCAAACUUCUCUUGCAAAUUGAACAUCAAUAUGAGAACCUUUAUAGCAAGGAAAAUGAACUGACCCUUGUGGACACCGCAAAACGGAUUGGAUUUCUGGGUCUUUGGCAACCUUUUUAGGAUUCCGUGACCAUGCGAUUGGAGUGUGCCUGGCUGCUGUUGGUUGUGGUAGUAUUGUGCAGUGGGGGACGACUUGGUACAGAAUUGCGGAACAAGAUUUGUCCAAAUUGUACCCAUCUCACUCUGAAGUUGGAAUACACUUCCACUAAUGUUGAACAUGAAUACAUUGUUGCCUUUAAGGGGUACUUCACUGCCACAGCCAGGAGUAAAUUUAUUUCUAGUGCAAUGAAAAAUACGGAUGUGGUGGAAUGGCGAAUAGUUCCUCGUGACAAUCCUGCCAGUGACUAUCCGAGUGACUUUGAGGUGGUUCAAAUUAAAGAGAAACAACAACAUACAGUAUUAACUCUGGAAGACCAUCCACAUAUUAAACGAGUAACACCUCAAAGAAAAGUCAUCCGCUCCCUCAAAUUCACAGAGACAGACUCUGCUCCGCCAUGCAAUGAUAGUCGAUGGACACAGAAGUGGCAAUCCUCAAGGCCUCUGAGGAGAACCAGCCUGUCCCUGAGCUCUGGAUUUUGGCAUGCUACAGGCAGACACUCAAGCCGACGCCUAUUGAGGGCCAUCCCUCGGCAAGUAGCUCAGACACUUCAGGCAGAUGUAUUAUGGCAGAUGGGGCAUACAGGUGCUGGUGUAAAAGUAGCAGUGUUUGAUACGGGACUUAGUGAAAAACAUCCUCACUUCAAAAAUGUAAAGGAGCGGACCAACUGGACCAAUGAGAAAACCUUAGAUGAUGGCUUGGGACAUGGGACAUUUGUUGCAGGGGUAAUUGCUAGCAUGCGGGAAUGUCAGGGAUUGGCGCCAGAUGCAGAGUUGCACAUCUUCAGAGUCUUUACUAACAAUCAGGUUUCUUACACCUCUUGGUUCCUGGAUGCCUUUAAUUAUGCAAUUUUGAAGAAGAUAGAUGUUCUGAACCUCAGCAUAGGAGGGCCAGACUUCAUGGAUCAUCCUUUUGUUGAUAAGGUUUGGGAGCUGACUGCUAAUAAAGUGAUCAUGGUCUCUGCAAUUGGUAAUGAUGGGCCUCUUUAUGGUACCCUCAAUAAUCCUGCUGACCAGAUGGAUGUAAUUGGUGUGGGUGGAAUUGACUUUGAAGACAACAUGGCUCGAUUCUCCUCCAGAGGAAUGACGACUUGGGAGCUUCCUGGUGGUUAUGGCAGAAUGAAACCGGAUAUUGUGACCUAUGGCUCUAGUGUCCGAGGCUCUGGUAUGCAAGGAGGUUGCCGCUCACUUUCGGGAACUAGUGUGGCAUCACCAGUGGUGGCAGGUGCAGUCACUCUGCUUGCAAGCACUGUACAACACCGUGAGAUGGUGAAUCCUGCCAGUAUGAAACAAGCAUUGAUAGCCUCUGCACGGAGACUGCCAGGGGUCAACAUGUUUGAACAGGGACAUGGAAAACUAGAUCUGCUGAAGGCAUACCAAAUUCUCAAAAUCUAUAAGCCUCAAGCCAGCUUAAGUCCAAGCUACAUUGAUCUGACUGAAUGUCCUUACAUGUGGCCCUACUGCUCCCAGCCAAUCUAUUGUGGAGGGAUGCCAACUGUUAUCAAUGUAACAAUCUUAAAUGGUAUGGGGGUCACUGGUCGGAUUAUUGACAAGCCCAUAUGGCAGCCAUAUCUGCCCCAGAAUGGAGACCAUAUAGAGGUUGCUUUUUCCUAUUCUCAAGUCCUCUGGCCUUGGUCUGGAUUCCUAGCUAUAUCCAUAUCUGUCACAAAGAAAGCUGCAUCAUGGGAAGGCAUCGCUCAGGGUCAUGUAAUGGUAACAGUUGCCUCACCAGCUGAAAAUGAUUCUAAUAAUGGCAAUGAAAUGACCUCAACCGUGAAGCUGCCAGUUAAGGUGAAAAUCAUUCCAACGCCACCUCGUAGUAAGCGAGUGUUAUGGGAUCAGUACCAUAAUCUGCGUUACCCACCGGGUUACUUCCCCAGAGAUAACCUGCGCAUGAAAAAUGACCCACUAGAUUGGAAUGGUGAUCACAUACACACCAACUUUAGAGAUAUGUACCAACAUUUGCGCAGCAUGGGCUACUUUGUGGAGGUGCUCGGAGCACCCAUCACCUGUUUUGAUGCCAGUCAGUAUGGUACGCUGCUGAUGGUAGACAGCGAAGAGGAAUACUUUCCUGAGGAAAUUACUAAACUGAGGAGGGAUGUUGAUAAUGGCCUUUCUGUCAUAGUCUUUAGUGAUUGGUACAACACGUCUGUAAUGAGAAAAGUGAAAUUCUAUGAUGAAAAUACAAGACAGUGGUGGAUGCCGGAUACUGGAGGGGCGAACAUUCCAGCACUCAAUGAUUUGUUGUCAGUGUGGGGCAUGGCUUUUGGUGAUGGCUUGUAUGAAGGGGAUUUCAGUAUGGCAAACCAUGACAUGUAUUAUGCUUCAGGGAGCAGUAUUGCUAAAUUUCCAGAGGAUGGACUUGUUCUUGCUCAAACUCUAAAGGACCAAGGACUCGAAGUCUUAAAACAAGAAACAGUUGUGGUUAAAAAUGUCCCUAUUCUUGGGUUGUACCAGACUCCAUCAGAUGGUGGGGGGCGGAUUGUCUUGUAUGGAGAUUCCAAUUGCCUUGAUGAUAGUCACAGGCAGAAAGACUGCUUCUGGUUGCUUGAUGCCCUCCUUCAGUACACCUCAUAUGGGGUGAUGCCCCCAAGCUUAAGCCACUCUGAAAAUAGGCAGCAACCUCCCACUGGGAUAGAUCAUCCAUUACCUGAGCGAAUGGAAGGCAAUCACUUGUAUCGAUUUUCCAAGGUUCUUGAACCACAUCUUGCAGACCCCAAGCCACGUCCUCUGCCUGCAUGUCCUCAUUUAUCAUGGGCCAAACCUCAACCUCUAAAUGAAACGGCACCUAGUAACCUUUGGAAACAUCAGAAAUUGUUGUCUAUUGACUUGGACAAAGUGGUUCUGCCGAAUUUUAAGCAAAACCGUCCUCAAGUGCGACCUUUAUCACCUGGUGAAAGUGGGGCUUGGGACAUUCCUGGGGGUAUAAUGCCUGGUCGAUAUAAUCAGGAUGUGGGACAAACAAUUCCAGUCUUUGCUUUCCUUGGUGCUAUGGUAGUUCUGGCAUUCUUUGUGGUUCAAAUAAAGUCCAAGAGCAAGCCAAAGAGACGGAAACCACGGGUCAAACGUCCUCUACUACUUCAGCAGGUGCACCCACCAAAGACUCCCUCUGUUUAAUUGUACAGUGGACACCAGCUAAUCAAGAUCCAUCCAGAGAAUGGAGAAUUCUGCAGUCAGCAGCUUUUGAUGAGAAUAGUGCUUCAUUUAAAACAAACUACUAAAGGCACUUGAUUGGUUUGUUGAUAUUUUUAACACUCGGGAACUAUGUGAUUUUACUAAGUCGAGGAUGUCUUUUUACAGCAACCGUAACUACCAAAGACAUUAUGUUUUGGUUGCUCUAUAUUUAUAUUUCUCUAAGAGCAGAAUUGUAAACAGAUCAGCCUGUACAGACAUUGGGAUCUCUUUCUUCAGUUCUUGGUUUUAUUUUGUCAUCAUGUCAAACAGUUGUUUUGUUACAAGGACAUUUAUUGAUGUAAAAUGUAUUUUGUAACACAAAUCUGCAACCUUG